GCUCUGCGCAAGUGCAGGAGCGCCUGUAAACAAAGCAGCAUGGAAGGAAGACCACACUCUUGAUCGUUAUUGAACACAUAAUGUAUUGAUCAGUAAACAAACAAGAUGGACGCUGUCAAGGAACGACUUGCUGACUUCUCACUGGAGGCCCAUGAUUUGUAUUUGAGCCAAUCAGUGGCUCACGUGGACGGACCACCUGACCCGCUGCACUUCUACCGCAACUGGAUUGGUCCAAACAAACCCUGCAUUAUUCGCAAUGCCUUCAGUCAUUGGCCAGCCCUGUCCAGGUGGACGCCGGCGUACUUGAGGGAGAAGGUGGGGUCAAAGGUCAUCAGCGUUGCAGUGACUCCUGACGGUUAUGCAGAUGCCGUGAAAGACGAUCGCUUUGUGAUGCCAGAAGAACGUCGCAUGACCUUCUCUUCAGUGCUGGACAUCCUUGAAGGAAAGGUGAAGCAGCAUGGAGUGUUUUACGUUCAGAAGCAGUGUUCCAACCUGCUGGACGAACUUCCCGAGCUGACGGAUGACGUGGAAGUGCACGUUCCCUGGAUGAGCACGGCGCUGGGAAAGGUACCCGAUGCAGUCAAUUUCUGGCUGGGCGAAGCUGACGCCGUCACGUCAUUGCAUAAAGAUCAUUACGAGAACAUCUACUGUGUGAUUUCUGGACAGAAGAACUUUAUCCUGCUGCCACCUACUGACCGACCCUUCGUCCCUUACGGCCUCUAUCAGCCUGCAGUUUACCGCCAACAGGACAACGGUGACUUUGAGGUAGUGGACCAGAGUGACUCGGAGAAGGUCCCCUGGAUCCCUUUGGACCCCCUGAAUCCAGAUUUGGAGCGCUAUCCGAUGUACGGCAGAGCACGGCCGCUCCAUUGCAGCGUGAAGGCGGGAGAGAUGUUGUACCUGCCCUCCCUGUGGUUCCACCACGUCCAACAGACGCACGGCUGCAUGGCAGUCAACUUCUGGUACGACAUGGACUUUGACAUCAAGUACAACUACUUCCAACUUCUAGACGCGUUGUCAGACCUCACAGGCUCACCAUGACCUCAAGUGUAACACGAACUCAUCCACACGAGGGCGCUAGCUGCACCCUUUGGGGACAGAGGCAAGGAGGUAGUGGGUGUGAUGAAGAGUCAAACAGAAAGUGAUGAAAAGCUCUUUAUUAAAACAAACUGUUUUUUU